AGUUCUUCCUAUCGCCAUGUCGGAAACGGCUCCUGCUGAGACCGCCGCCCAGGCGCCAGUGGAGAAGUCCCCUGCCAAGAAGAAGACCCCCAAGAAGGCUGCGGGGGCUGGCGCGGCGAAGCGCAAGGCGACAGGGCCCCCUGUCUCAGAGCUGAUCACCAAGGCUGUGGCCGCCUCUAAGGAGCGAAAUGGCCUGUCCCUGGCCGCGCUCAAGAAGGCGCUGGCAGCUGGUGGCUACGACGUGGAGAAGAACAACAGCCGCAUCAAGCUGGGCCUCAAGAGCCUGGUGAGCAAGGGCACCCUGGUGCAGACUAAGGGCACCGGCGCCUCCGGCUCCUUCAAGCUCAACAAGAAGGCGGCCUCCGGGGAAGCCAAGCCCAAGGCCAAGAAGGCAGGAGCGGCCAAGGCUAAGAAGCCCGCGGGGGCCACGCCGAAGAAGCCCAAGAAGGCUGCUGGAGCCAAGAAAGCAGUCAAGAAGACCCCGAAGAAAGCCAAGAAGCCUGCGGCGGCCGGUGUGAAAAAAGUGGCCAAGAGCCCUAAGAAGGCCAAGGCUGCUGCGAAGCCUAAAAAAGCAGCCAAGAGCCCGGCUAAGCCCAAAGCGGUUAAGUCCAAGGCAGCCAAACCCAAGGUCUCCAAGCCCAAGGCAGCCAAGCCCAAAACGGCCAAGGCCAAGAAGGCGGCUUCUAAGAAGAAGUAGGAAGCAGGUUGUUUGCAGCAACCGCAGCC